CAUCGAGUAGAAAAAUUUUAUUAUGUUUUUAUUUUUGAAUAGAUUUACUUACAUUUUUCUAUUGCAUAAGUACUUGCAAUAAAAACUAUCAGCAGCAAUUGAGCCUUCAUCGUGGAUAUUCGAAGUACAAGACGACAGUUGAAUGUAAACUGCGAAGAUCGAAUCGUUUUCACGGUGGGCAACGUAACUAGGCGCACCUCUUCUUGGCUCUUCAAACUUUGAUAACGAAGUCCUGAUAACGGUUACUCACGCCCUGAACAUAUAACAUUAAAAAAUUUUGCGGCUUGUUAUACAGCCCCAAGACAACUUUGUCGAUCAUUUACCUUUACCACAUGGAAAAAAAUGUAAAUAAGUAAAGUAAACGAAGAUACUGUACUUCUAUCUCGUUUCCUCUAUUCAAUUGAUAUCUUAAAAUGCUUAACUAUCUUUCGAUUACAUUAGCUCGAUCUAGUAAAAUUGACAUCUUGAAAUAUUCACAUGGUGAUUACGAGGAAUAAAUCUUUCUUAUCGGAUGACGAAUAUUUUCGUCGAAAAGAAACAUUUUGAUGACUAAUCUUUUAGAUUCAUAACGAAGUAAAUCAUUUCUGUCAGCUCGUUAAAUUUCCUUAAGUUCAAAUGUCGCAAUCUUAUCGAUUUCAUGGCUUUUAUGAUUAUCUUUAAAGUCAGGAAAAAAGCAGGUGCUCUUUCAUCUCUUCUCAGGAAGAAUAACCAUACUACGUUAUAUAAGAAAAUGUAAUGAUACGCUUAAUAAAAUGAUAUAAUUGAAUAUGUUCAGAUAAUAUUCAAAAGAUAUUGUUAAAAGCACUUGAAAGUUAAGAGAGAUUGAAAGAGUAUUUUUUUCAUCAUUCUGAAUAUUAUCACCGAGCUAUUGUUUGAAUAUAAUCGAUGUUUUAGCGCAAAGAUUAUAUAAAGAACGAAAUGCAUCUAGAUAGAAUUUCCAUACAUACGAUAAGCUAUAGGUAAAGCCAUGUCCGCAGCAUUAGUACUUACCAUCCUUUUUUGGGGAAAAAUCAUAAAUAUCGCUCUUAGUGAACAAAUUUCAUCAACAACAACUAUGUUCAUUUGUACCGAUGGCAAUCAAAUACCUUUGAUCAAUGUAUGUGAUGGAUCAUUUCAUUGCCCAGAUUCUUCUGAUGAAACAAGCAAAUUGUGUCAGCAUAUACUUUGCCCUUCAAAUAUGUACAGAUGCGCUUACGGAGCUUGUGUGAUCCGUGGAUCACGAUGCGAUGGUAUCAAGGAUUGUAUCGACGGAAGCGAUGAAGCUCGUUGCAAUUUUCAAUCUAAUCAGACGUGCUCCGUCAGAGAAUAUCAAUGCUCUACGCCUCGGUUAGAGUGCAUUCCCAUCGCAGAUGUUUGUAAUGGAUAUAUCGAUUGUUCAGACAAAAGUGACGAAAAUGUUUCACUCUGUCGAGAAUAUUCUUGUCCUGAUCAUACCUAUCGAUGUUCAUAUGGAGGAUGUGUCUAUCAAGAAGUUCUUUGUGACGGUAUAAAGGAUUGCUUCGAUGGCACUGACGAAGAUCCGUCGAUAUGUGGAGCGACCAAUUGCAACGGAAUUGAAUGUUCUCAAUAUGAGUGCAGACAAGAUGAAUUUGCUUGCGAGAACGAGCGACAAUGCAUACCUAUUACCAAAAUCUGUGACGGUAUUCGCCAUUGUAGAGAUGCUUCCGAUGAAAACAGCGAAAUGUGCAUUCAACGAGAAUGUCGAGAUGAUCAUUAUCGCUGUUUUUACGGCGCUUGCAUUCCUAUCGAAUUUAUCUGCAAUUUACGACCGGAUUGUUACGAUUGGAGUGAUGAGGAUGAAGCACUUUGCGGUACAGUUUUGCCCGAGGGUGCGUGUCGACUUCCUGGCCCGAAGACAGGAACUUAUUAUAAGACAAGAGAUUGUUUACGAUGUCGACCUGGUGAUGUCGUUCCUGAACUUACUCGUUUAGAUUACACCUGUGACCCUGACGGGUGGUUAGAGGGUUCCAAUAGUAUUUAUUGUCAAAAUAAUCGAUGGCUACCUUCUAUCCCAAUUUGUUCUAAUAAUAACGAUACGUUGCGUAUAACUUGUCCACCGAUUUUGGAAACCAAUGGAGCUAUAAAAAGAUGCGAAUCAAAAUGGGGACCACGUAAAGGUUGGAUUUCUUGUGAAAACUCUGUGCCUAUUGGAACAAACGCUUUUAUUGAAUGUCCUAUGUUUUAUGAGCGUCAAGCUGGAUCCACGCGAAUAAUAUGUCUUCACGAUGGGACAUGGAGUCAAGCACCAUUAAGCUGUAUUCCUGUUUGUGGAAUACGCAAAUCUUCAGUUACAUUAAUUGUAAACGGUUGGAAAGUACAAAGCGAAGAAUAUAUGCCUUGGCAGGCUACGCUCUUUUCGCAUGAGAACGGUCAAUGGAAAUUUUUUUGUGGUGGUACGUUGAUCGGUGAACGUGUAGUACUCACUGCCGGUCAUUGCGUCUGGAAAACUCUUCCAGAAACAAUACGCGUUGCUUUUGGAAUUCUUUCAAACACAUUAAAUAACGUAGAAGCGAACGCUCAAGUGUUUGAUAUCGAUAAAAUAGAGAUACAAAAUUCGUACCAAGAUCAUGAAGGAAACUAUGCUUCCGAUAUUGCACUUCUUAUUUUGAAAAUGCCAGUAAAGAUAAACGAGGUUGUUAGGCCAGCUUGUAUAAAUUUGCAGUCUGAUUUUACUCUUCUGCAGGCUCAAAAAAAUGAAGACAAUGGAUUUGUGGCUGUUUUUUUAGGUAUGGGUAUUACUGAGAACGAUACAUAUAGCUCUACUUUAAGAAUUACUUCGAUGAGAGUUAUUUCAAACGAAAAGUGUCGUGAAGCUCAGCGCAAAAAUUUUAGAAAGUAUAUAACGUAUACUUCGUUUUGUGCUGGUUGGGCAAAUGGUACAGGAGUAUGUAACGGUGAUAGCGGUGGAGGUUUCAUGUUGCGUCGACCAAAUACAGCGAUUUGGGAAGUUCAUGGUGUCGUUUCAAUAAGUCCUCGACGAUUGGGAACUAGCAUUUGCGAUCCAAACUAUUAUGCUAUAUUUACAAAAGUAUCUCUAUAUGGUGAUUGGAUUCGUAGUAUUAUAGAAAAAAUUCCGCUGAUGGGGCCACCUGAUAUUCAUUGGCAACCUAAUAAAGAUGAUAUUAUCAUUUAAUAGAGAAUAAUUAGAUUUAUUCGCAAAUGAUAUUUUUAUUUUAUGUGAAAUUUAAUGUUGUAUCAAUCAUUCGAAGUAUACGUAUUAAAUAUAUAUAUAUAUACAUACAUGGCAAUUUACAACGCUCACAUUUUCCUGAUCUAUUCGCUUCUGUAAAAAAGAAGAAAAUCUUGACAGUCCAUAUGAAU